GACAUGAACACCUGUAUCUGCAAGUAGAUUGUAGUUGAGGAAAUUUGACUUAUCUCGUCAGAGAAGCUUUUCGAAAGCAAGAAGAAAAGUCUAAUGUUCAGGAGGACCAGGGACAGAGAGCAGAAAUGGAGAGCCCUAUAAUUGAAGACAGAUUUAUCUGCCGACCUUUUUACAAGGAAAAUUAUAAAGACAUGGAGUUGGAUGAUUGGUCACCUCCAGAUGCUGAUCUUACACAGAAGAUGGUGACCCAAAUUGAACACUAUCUUUCCGAUGAAAAUCUAGCAAAAGAUGCAUUCCUUUUAAAACAUGUGAAAAGAAACAAAAUGGGUUAUGUGAACAUAAAGCUGCUGACAUCUUUUAAAAAGAUGAAGCCUCUGACCAAAGAUUGGCGAGUCACAGCCUACGCCCUAAAUUACUCCUCCAAACUAGAAGUCAACAAGGAGGGCAACAAGGUCCGUCGCAAAGACCCAGUACCAGAGUCCCUCCUGGUUCAGGUACCCAGCAGACUUCUGUUUAUGUGGAACAUCUCUGCUGAGCUGACGUCGAGUGGCAAUGGUGGUGAUGAAGAUGUCCCUGCACCCCAGAGGAGCACUAUGGAAACGGCCAUCACUCUCCUGGAGCCCUUUGGAAGCAUCUGCACAGUGAGGGUGUUCCGGCCAGGGAAGGAGCUCCCACAGGAAGUCCAGAGGUUCGCCAACAGGUACCCUGAGCUGUGCUCCCAGGAAAGUGUUCUGGUAGAGUAUGAGGACUUGGAAGGGGCCAGCAGAGCCUACCACCAGCUGUCCCAGUCCGAGGACUUUGUGAGAGUCGUCCUGAUCGGGAUGACCUCGAAAAAGAAAGCAGGGCAUAAGUUGGGAGGCUGCGUUGAGGACAGAGGUGUCGGUAAAGGUGUAUCAAUCGCCAACCGCUGCUUAGAGCAGCUCCAGUCCCGAGGGGAAGACUCUUCGGCGUGGAGUUCGUCCGGCGAAUCCGAGAUGGCCUCUCCGAUGCACAUGCCUAGAUUCUCCUCAGGCCAGGUAUGCAGGAGCCCCUGGGACAGCCCUCGCUCUAGCCCCUACCACAGCCCCAGGGUCCUCCGGGCACCUCUGCCCACCCUUCCGCGGGUCUCUCCGCUCCUGGCCUCCGAGAUGUGGAGGAGCCCCGACACCAGCCCGGAUCUCAGUCGACGCAACUACGAGAACCCGGCCGAUAGCAGCAGCCUCUGGUUCCAGAGGCGUAAACUGGCUGCGGUGCAAACCUCCUCCCUGGAUGACAGCAGCAGCAGUAAGCAGGGUCGUCUGGGUAUUAAGAGGGUCCUAAUGGGGGAUUCCCUGCCCCCUGGGGUCAUCCGGUUCCCCUACGGGCCAGAUGGGACAAGAGGAUUUCCCAGCUCCUUCGUAGGAAGAACACUUCAGUACUCCCUCAAGACAUGACCUCAGACCAAUGCUGUUCAUGUUGUUUUAUGUUUUAGGAAGUCAUCUACUGAAUUGUAUAGAUUUUAUUUUAUAGUCUCGUAUAGAUCUGUGUGCAGGAAAAAUUGUUACAAGCAUCUUGAAGGGGAAUUCUAGAAAUAACAUUUAGGGACGGUAUCCCGAAAAUGCGUAGUUCUGGACUAAGAUGCACUUACAAUGGAGUAUCUCCAUUGAACAUGCUAUAAGGACUAGGACUUCUGUUAUGCUGUUAAAUCCUGUAACAUCUCAACAUCUACCCACACAGUGACUAUAUCUUAACUUCUUAUCUUUACUCAUUCUAUGACUCAGCUGCAGUUAUUAAUAUUCUUAAAAGGCCCAGUGCAGUCAAAAACAUUGUGUUUUAUAUAUAUUUCGACACUGAGGUUAGAAUAAUGUGGGAAUGGCUUUUUAGUGUAAGAGCUGUUUGAAAAAGCCACCUGAAAGUUCUGCCUGUUUUGGUGGGAAUUUUGGUGACAUCACCAGGCAGUAUAUUAGUUAAUAGACCAAUAAGAGUUCCAAACCUCUCUGCCAAUAACAGCUAGUUUUCCCCUCCCCACUCAGACCAUUCCCAGACAUUCCUAGCAAAAUUCUUGCUUGAAAAAUCUCUCUUUGCUUAGAAGCUUUGUUUCUUUUUGACAAUGUUUAAUUGAAAACAAUCAGUAAGGUAAUUGUUACCCAGAAAUUAUUUGAAACAGCUGCUGUUUUGACUGAGUGCAGGUCAACAUUGCACUGUGCUCUGGUGAAAAGCUAUUUAUAUUGCCCAGUUAUAAUAUAGCCUGAAAAUAAACUUUAGUAUGUCGAUUUGAAUGAGAAACUGCCAAUAUGAAUGUCGCCAUGACAACAUGGGAAACUGUCGGAGCCCUCUAGUACUGUGUCGAGAGUCCCUGCACCACAGCAAAGGGCUUCUAUUCUGAUUCAAAAAGCUGACAAAGGGGUUUGACAAUGACGAAAAUGAUGCCUCAUAAGAGCUCUUUUGUUGCCAAUUUCAGCGUGUCAAUUAAAAUGUACGACGGGAAGUCUCUUGAAUGGC